GAACAACAACUUUCGUUGUCUAACCAAUUAUGAAUACCACUCAGUGUCACUAUGGGUUUCAUCACCGGCAUUGUAUGUAAAAUUUUGAAACGACAAAAGUGAUAUUUCGAAAAUGACAUGGUGAUGUGCUCCGAUCCAGAUUAUCGACAUUACAGUGGAAAAAAGCGCGAUUAUUUCAGAUCUACAAAGGAUUUGAAACUGAAAAAACAAUGGAUUCAGAUUAUCAGUUCCGCCAAAAUGAAAAGACGUUGCCGCCAGUGCGGGCAAGGAUGCCUUCUGGUGACCGGCAUCUUCCUCAUAGCCACAGGAGUGACGAUCUUCAUCUGCUUCGAGUCCAUCUACACCGGAAUCCUGUCCGAGGCGUUGAAAUUCACCCCCGACUCCCCCACGUUCAAGGCGUGGCGAACCAACGACCCUCCUUUGAUCAUGGAGAUAUUCAUGUUCAACUGGACCAACGCCGACCAGGUGUACAACUCCUCCGUUAAGCCGGAGUUCGAGGAGAUCGGGCCUUAUAGGUUCAAGGAGAUCAAGGAGAAAGUGUACAUUAGGUGGCACGAACACAACCAUACCGUCAGUUUUCUCACCAAUCACACGUAUUAUUUCGAUUACGAGAAUAGUGUUAGGAACUUGAGUGAUGUGAUAACCACCAUCAAUGCAGUACCCUUGACUGUUGCUUACAAAGCGAGAGAUUUCAGUUACUGGGCCCAAAAAGCAAUUUCAAUGGGACUGUCCAGUAUUUCUAAGCUUUAUGUGACCAAGACUGUGGGAGAAUUACUCUUCGAGGGAUUUGAAGAGCCGAUCCUCAGCACCCUUUCCAAAAUGCCAAUGUUGAGGGUCCAGGAUAAAUUCGGAAUCUUCUAUGGUAGAAAUGGUACAGUGGGUCAAGAGGGCUCAUUCAGCAUGUCCUACAAGACCGACGAGAAUUUCGGCAAAAUAGUGACGUGGAACGGCCGCAACAGGACGGAUUUCUACGAAGGUCGCUGCAACGAGAUCAGGGGCUCGGCGGGGGAGUUCUACCCUUUCGACCGGCCCAAGGACAAGCUGGUGCUGUACUCGUCGCAGCUGUGCAAGUACGCGGAGCUCGAGUACGACCAGGAGGUGGAGGUCAAGGGGGUGCGCGGGUACAACUACCUUGCCGAUAAUAUUUUCGAUAACGGUACCACCCGUCCAGAAAACUCGUGCUUCUGCUCACAGGGCGGCUGCAUCCCUUCCGGGGUGUUCAACGUGUCGACGUGCAGGGACGGCUCGCCCAGCUUCCUGUCCUUCCCCCACUUCUACGCGGCCGAUCCCUCAUACAGGGCCGCCAUGAAGGGCAUGCGGCCCGAUAGGGAAAAGCACCAGUUCUACAUCACCAUGGAACCAAAAUCUGCCAUUGUGAUGAAUAUCCAAGCAACAAUGCAACUCAAUAUGCUACUACAGCCAAUUCCAAAUAUAAGGUUGUAUAAAAAUGUGCCAAGGAUAUUCGUGCCCAUAUUCUACUUUACCCAGUCAGUGAGGCUCACCGACGAAAUUGCUGUUAGUCUUAGGCUAAUCCAGAACCUUCCAGUCUAUUCGAACUACUUCUUCUACGUCCUAGUAGGCUUAGGCUGCAUUUCCAUAGUGACAGCGCUAUGCUCUUGUUUCUGCUGCUCCAAAACAGAAGACUACGCGGUAGACGAUGCCGAACAAAAAAAGACAAUGUACCAGUUGGUACCAGUGAAAGAGAGAUGACAUUCCAUUUUAUCAUAUUGAUAUUGGAUGAUAAUGUAUUUUGUUAUUUUUUUAAAUACACCAUUUUUGAG